CAUUGGCAACGCCAUGUUGUUUAGGUGAUUUUGAAAACGAGAGAGAUUUAUUGAUCGAGUUUUUAAUAUCGUAAGGUUAUCUCGACCGAUAUUUCCGCUUCAAAUUAUUCCUGUUAGUUGAAAUCGUUAACCGAGUGUUAAAAACAGUACGAAAUGACGGCCGUUGUCGCUCAGAAAGGAGAUGGCUCCAGAACGUACACAUUUGCAAGUCAACCUCGACCUGUUCAACAAAGAAAAAAAUAUCGGGAUCCACUAACCCAAGAAAAUGAGAGUCCAACACCUUACGGAAAUAUCAUGUACGAUCGGAGAAUUGUUAGGGGUAACACUUAUGCUCAAAAGACUCUACCAGCGACAGCACAACCAGAUCCCAUAGAAAUUCAGAGACAACAAGAAGCAAGGCGGAGAGCUAUUGCCAGAAGACGUGCCAAGGCACAGUUGAAACCAAGAUCACCAGAGCCUGUUGAAGGAAGGAAACAUAUUGAUGUACAAACUGAGCUUUAUUUGGAGGAAUUGAGUGACAGAGUUGAAGAAGCUGAUGUGGAAACACAGACUGAUGCAUUUCUUGACAGACCUCCUUCUCCUCUGUUUAUACCUGCAAAAAGUGGUGUAGAUGUCGCAACUCAAAUUUUGGAAGGAGAAUUGUUCGAUUUUGACAUCGAGGUAAAACCAAUCCUAGAGGUGCUUGUUGGUAAAACAGUCGAACAGGCUCUUCUAGAAGUGAUGGAGGAGGAAGAACUCUCAAAUCUUCGAGCCCAACAGAGGCGGUUCAAGGAACUCAGAAAUGCUGAACUCGUUGAGACACAAAGAUUAGAAGAACAAGAAAGACGGCACAGAGAAGAGAAAGAGCGGAGAAUGAAACAACAGGCUGAAGUAUUAAGAAAAGAAAGAGAAACUGGUCAAAAAAUAUCAGCACGUGCCUUUGCUCAGAGUUACCUUGCGGAUCUAGUACCUUCUGUGUUUGGUUCACUCAAUGAAAAUGGAUAUUUCUACGAUCCAGUGGAAAGAGAUGUAGAAACAUACUUUAUGCCAUGGUUGUUGGAAAAAGUUGAGGGUGAAUUAAAUCAAAGUGUUGUCGCAAGAACUGUCCUUGAUGCAAUCAUUCGAGAUGUUGUCAAAAAGCGCUUUGAAGUAUAUUAUAAGCUUGAGGAGACAGGAAGGUUAGCUGUAGAGCAAGAGGCAGCAGCCAGGGCAGCAGAAGAAAGAAAAAAAGCUGAAGAGAUUGCAGCCAAAGCAGUAACAGAGGCUAAGGCAGAGGAAGCAGGAGAACAGGGUGACAAGGAUGGUGCAGCAGAAGGUGAUGGGAGAGAAACAGCUGAUAAACCUGAGGAGGAUAGUGUUGCUGGAGAGGAUGCGGGCAGUGAACAAGCUCCCACUGCUGACACACCAGCUGAAUCAGUGCCAAAAGAUUCUGAACCUGCAGAAGAUGCUGCCGCUGAACAAGAUUAAAUCUCAUUACUGACUGUUCUCAAUAAUUUGGUCUUUGAAGUUCAUCUGCCUCUUGUUAAUUUUUGAACAUUUCAAAUGAGAAACUGGUGUUCUUUUAUGAAGAGAAUUUCAAAUACAUGUAUAUAAACUCUUUUCGUAUUUACAAGGUGUUUUGGUACUUUGAUAGCCUUUUUUUCUGAAAAGAAACUGUUCUAAGGAUAAUUACUUUCAUAGAGAAAACCACAGCAACUUGUUAUGUAUAUAUUAGAUCUUACUAUUAUUCAGUUAAUGUUUGAGGGAAUGAAUGAUAUGCUUAAUAUGCAAUUAAAAAAAGUAACAUUACUGCAAGUUA